GCGCAGACCAGCCAGACUGAGGCGCGCGGCGGGAAGGCUCCGGCGAAACUCCCACCAGCCGGGGACUUUGGAAAGAAGCGAGCGAGCGGUCCCCGCGCGCGCGAGUCCCCAAGUGAGCGCUCAGCUCACCUGUUUCUGCCGCGCCACCGCCUUCCCACCCCUCGGACCCUCGCCUCCCGAGUCGCCCGCCCGCGAUGAAUCCGGCGCUGGGCAACCAGACCGACGUGGCCGGCCUGUUCCUGGCCAACAGCAGCGAGGCGCUGGAGCGCGCCGUGCGCUGCUGCACCCAGGCGUCCGUGGUGACCGACGACGGCUUCGCGGAGAGCGGCCCGGACGAGCGCAGCCUGUAUAUCAUGCGUGUGGUUCAGAUCGCCGUCAUGUGCGUGCUCUCGCUCACCGUGGUCUUCGGCAUCUUCUUCUUGGGCUGCAACCUUCUCAUCAAGUCCGAGGGCAUGAUCAACUUCCUGGUGAAGGACCGGAGACCGUCUAAGGAGGUGGAGGCGGUGGUCGUGGGGCCCUACUGACCGGUCCCCGGCCCCCGCAGCAGCCGCCCCUAGCCUCUCCACUUCGCCAGCCCGGCCGCGCCCCCUCACCAUGCGAGACUGGGCGAAGCAAACCUGUCGGAGUCAGUUUUUUCUCUCGACUUCUGCCUUCCGGGAUGAAGCGAACCCGUUUAUCGCUCGCCCUCUGAAAGUCCCCAGGUCUGGCAGUAGGAGAAGAGAGCCCUGACUCUGGACUCAGCAGCAAGUGGCAAGAGAAGGCGAAUAGGGCGCAGAACUUUGGAAGCUGCCACUGGCGCAGAAUGCGGGGACAC